AUGAAUCGAGCUCAAUCCCGGGAGUCCGACGAGGAGAAUGUCCCGAGUGGAUCCGAUUCACCGAGCCAAGAGGAUUUCGACGCGUAUGCUGAGGUGCAGAGGACAUCAGCCGAGCACUCCGAAGCGCCGACAGCCGAAUUCGAGGACUCGGAAUCGGUGGAAGACUCGCAGAAGACGUCCACCGAACCCUCGGAAAAAGCUGAAUCGUUUAGAAGCGAGACGAUCAGUUUACCGAGUGAGGAGGGCGAAGAGAAGAAAGAUGAGGAGAGCAUGAUGAGGCAUCGCGACUUCAUUAUACAGAUGCCAUGUAAUCGCAUCUGGUAUCCACCGCCGUGGCUAAACGCCGAGCGUCUCUUUCGGAAUCCCCUCCAGUUUCGGGUGGCCGUCUCGAAAAAAAUGACAUUGCUCGGCGAACAGCACUCGAAUGUCUCCUAUUACUCCCAAUCGGCCUCUUCAAGUAACAAAUCGAAAACCCCGGAUAGCUCGACGAAAAACAAUCAGAGUACGACGGCGUUUCGACACCCGAAAUCGAAAUCCCGAAUGGGUGGAGGGAUUGGCGGUGGGAUGGGCGGUGGAAUCGGUGGAGGAAUCGGCGGCGGAAUGGGGAAGCUCGGCGGUGACGGAGACUCCUUCCACGAGCCUCCACCCGGGCUGGCCCGACCCGCCAACCAGAAUCGCACGUUCUACUAU